UGGGUGUGCAGUGAUUUGCUUUUGGGGGAUAAAACCCACAGUUUGAGAGUGGAGUGGGGUAUUACAGAGCAGAAUGGCCUGGAGUAAGGUACCUCUGCUCUUACAUGGAUUUCUCCUGCUGGUUCUAUGUAGACCCUCCCUUCAAGGAGGUGUUUACUUACCAGCUAGUGCAGGGGGUGGAACUGGAGCUGGAUUAGGGGCUGGGGUUGGACCUGGUGCUGCACUUGGAACUGGUCCAGGAGGUGGACUUGUUAGUGGAAUCGGAGGUGUUGGGCCAGGAGUUGGUCCUGGUGGAGCUGGAACAGGAUUAGGUCUUGUUGCUAGUGGUCUUGGAACAGGGCCAGGAACUGGAAUUAGACCUGGAACUGGAAUCGGUGGAAAUCCUGGUUUCAAACCAGGAAAGACAGGAGGCUAUGGAAGUGGUCUUUUAGGUCCUGGGGGACAAGGUACUGGACUGGGUGCUGGAGGUCUUCGACCUGGAGUACCAGGGGGAGUUGUACCUGGAGGUUAUGGGGCUGGUCCAGGUGUAGGUGAUCUAGGAGUUGGAGGAUUAGGCACUGGAGGCCUUGGAUCAGGGUCCAUUGUCAAGCCACCUAAGACAGGAGCAUAUGGAGGUCAGCCUGAAAUUGGACCAGCUAGUACAGGUAUUGGAACUGGCUGGCUUGGAACACAUGGAAUAGUUAGUCCAGCUGGUAUUGGUCCAAUAAGUCCAGGAGGCACUGGACCUGGUGGUAUAGGGCCUGUUGGAAUAGGACCUGGAGGUGUCAGACCUGGAGGGAUUGGUCCUGGUGCUGGUUUUGGAACUGGUGGCCUUGGAACAGGUGCUGGAGGCAAACCCCCUAAACCAGGAUAUGGGGGUCAAGCUAUUCCAGGCACCCUUGGAACUGGAGGUCUUGCUGGUGGUCUUGGAGGCUUUGGACUCAGGCCUGGAGGUGCUGGUGGCCUUGGAGGUUUAGUACCCGGUGGUGGGGUUGGAAUUAGUCCCGGGAAUGCUGGUGGCAUAGGCACAGGAGUACCUGGACAAGGAUAUGGUGGUGCAAGUCUAGGCACUGGUCUGGGUGCUGGUAGGUUAAGCCCUGCCAGUGUGGGCACAGGCAUUGGAGGGCUUGGCCCUGGUGGAGUUGGUCCAGGAGGUGCUGGAAGGAGUCUAGGUGGAAAGCCCCUCAAAACAGAUUAUGGAGGCCUUGGUGGUUAUGGUCCAUGGGGUGUCAGCCCUGUAGGAAUAGGGCCUGGAGGGGUUAGAACAGGUGGUAUUGGACCUGGUGGUGUUGGACCAGGUGGUAUUGGAUCUGGUGGAGUUGGACCAGGUGGAGUUGGAACUGGUGGCAUUGGAUCAGGUGGCGUUGGACCAGGUGUCUUGAGUCCAGGAGCAGGUAGAAAACCCGGGAAACCAGGUUAUGGUGGGCCUGGUGGCUUUGGUGAUGCAUCAUUGGGAACAGGAAGUCUUGGAGCAGGAGAUCCAAGGCUUGGUGCUAGUCUAUUUAGACCUGGAGGUGCUGGAACAGGUUACCCAACAGGCUUUGCUGGGUAUGGUGGCCUGGGAGGUCUUUAUCCUGGAGCCGGGGUGGGUGGUCAGAAACCACCAAAACCAGGAUAUGGAGGACAAGCAGCUGGUGGAACUGGAUUUGGUCCUGGUGGUGUAGGAGUUGGUACAGGUGGUGCAGGAAUAGGUCCAAGUGGUGCAAGAGUCAGUCCUGGGGGUGUGGGUGUUGGGCCUGGAGGUGUAGGAAUUGGACCUGGUGGAGCACCUUUUCAGCCUCAAACUGGAUUAUCAGGUGCUGGAACUGGGACAUCUACUGGUAGCAAAGUUGGAAAGACUGGGAAGGCACCAGUGCCAGGUAUUGGGAUUCCUGGGCUAAAUCAAGGGGGCAUUGUUCCUGGACAAGGUUUUGGGGGUAGAGGUGUUCUGCCAGGUGUUGCCACAGGAUCUCAAACGGGUCAGCUUGGUCAAGGUGCACUCGGAGCAAAUGGAGGCCUUGGAGGCUUUGGUCAACAAUUACCAGGCGUAUUCCGUGGAUAUCCCCUAAUAUUACCUAAGUCUGGAGGUACUAACUCUGCAAAGUCUCAGGCUAAAGCUGCCAAGUUUGGGGCCGGCGGUGUACCAGGUGCAGGUGGUGUACCGGGCAUAGGUGGUGUACCAGGUGCAGGUGGUGUACCGGGCAUACGUGGUGUACCAGGUGCAGGUGGUGUACCGGGCAUAGGUGGUGUACCAGGUGCAGGUGGUGUACCGGGCAUAGGUGGUGUACCAGGUGCAGGUGGUGUACCGGGCAUAGGUGGUGUACCAGGUGCAGGUGGUGUUCCAAGCAUAGGUGGUGUGCCAGGUGCAGGUGGUGUUCCAGGUGCAGGUGGUGUACCAGGUGCUGGAGUCAUUCCUGGGGCUGGAGGUGUAAACCCUGGAAUCCUUUAUCCGGGAGCAGUUGGUACCUAUCCUGGUGGUGCUGGGGCAAAAGCUUGGAAGUAUGCUUUAGCGAUAGGAACUGGUGGGCCCCUAGGUUCUGGUUUAGGAGCAGGUGGUCUUGGAGCUGGUGGAGUUCCUGGCUCUGUGUUGGGAGUGGGUGGUCUUGGAACUGGUGGACCCCUAGGUUCUGGUUUAGGAGCAGGUGGUCUUGGAGCUGGACCUGUAGCUGGUACAGGAGGAUAUGCUGAAGCCAAAGCAAGAAAAUAUGCUCAGCUUGGAAGUUCUGUUGGGACUUUAGGUACUGGAGGCUUAACCAGUGGUGGUCUAGGUGGACUACCUGGUGGUGGAGUUGGAACUGGUGGACUACCUGGUGGUGGAGUUGGAACUGGUGGACUACCUGGAGGAUAUGGAGCAGAGGCAAAAGCUCGCAAAUAUGGUCAACUUGGAAGUGCUGGUUUAGGCCCAGGCAGUGGAUAUGCUGCAGGUAAUCCAGGUGGAUUAUCGGGUGCUGGUGUGGGACCAGGUGGGACAGGUGUUGGAGUAGGAGGCUCUAGACCAGCAACAGGAGAUCUACAAGGAACUGGAACUGGACUAGGGGGUAAUGCUGGUUUGGGCUAUGGACCAGGAGGUGUGCCUGGUGGUGGUAUUGGACCUGGAGGCUACGCUGGGGCCAAAGCUCUCAAAUAUGGUGGAGCUGGUGGAGCAGCAUUGCCAGGUUUUGGAGCUGGUGGAGGGGCACCUGUCAGUAGUUAUGGACCAGGAGGUGUACCUGUCGGUGGCUAUGGACCAGGAGGUGUACCUAGUGCUGGAUAUGGAUAUGGCUCUGGAGUAUAUCCAGGUGGACCUAAAGCUUUAAAAUAUGGUCCUGGUGGAAGUGUAGGGGCACCAGGACUUGGUCUGCAGGCUAGGGUAGGAACAGGUCCAACUGCAGGAUUUGGAACAGGAGCAAGGCCAGUUGGUGGUUAUGGUCCAGGGACUGCUGGAGGUGUAGCAAGUGGUUUACCUGGUUCUGGUGGAGCUCUAGAAGCAGGAGGUGUACCAGGAGCUGGAACAGGAGUUGGAGCAGUCCCUGGAGGGCUUGGAGGAGGUCUUGGGACUGGAUCUGGACUUGGAGGAGUUCCAGGUGGAGUGCCGCUUGCUGGAUAUGGGGGGUAUGGAGGUUAUUGGGGUGCACAGAAACCACCUAAAUAUGGACAGCCAGAUGGUGGGGCUGGAAGCAUACCAGUUGGAUCAGUACCAAGAACAGGUGCAAUUUGGGCCACAGGAACUGGGGUACCAGGCUACACAGGAGGUGGGCUUGGAGGAACAGCAGUUCCAGGUAGUGCAGUUGCCACUGCAGAUCGUGCAGGAAGUUCUAAACCUGGAGUUGAUGGGGAUGCAGUGACUGGCAGCAUUGGUGGAGGAACUCGUGGUGCUGGAGAAGUUCAACGUGGAACAAAAGCUCCAAAGAGUGAAUCUGGAGGACCAAUAGAGGGAUCGGGUGGGUCAACUGGAGGUGGCACGAGUGAAGGUGUUAAUGUUGGGCCCAUUGAUGUUGAUAGACUUGGAAUUACUGGGACUGGAAUACCAAUCUUAGCUGGUGCAAAACCAGGUGGAAUUGGUGAUAGUAUUACAUUACCUGGGGACAAACCAUUAAACCCACCAGGCAUUGGAGGUGGUGCCAUUGCUGGACGUGGAGAUACGCCAGGUACUAUUGACGGAGGACUUGGAAGUACAGGUGGGGUUGGUGGAGGGCCAGGUGGAUCAGGAAGAGUAGGCGGGGUACCUGGAGGAGUAGGCGGGGUUCCUGGAGAAGUAGGCAGAUUUCCAGGAGGAGUAGGCGGAGUUCCAGGAGGAGUUGGUGCUGGACCAGGAGGAGUUAAACCUUCUAAAGUUUAUGGAGGCGCAGGUGGAACAGGAACUCUGAGUGUUGGAGGAGUGGGUGGAGCUGGACAUCUGCCUGGAGGUGGUGGUCUGCUACCAGGGGGUUUAGGCGCAGGGGUUGGAGCACAGAAACCAGGCAAAGGUUAUGUUGGAGUUGGAAGUUUAGGAGCUGGUGGUAUUCUGCCAGGGACUGGUUUCAGAUUUCCAAGUGGGGCUGCAGUGGGCAGCAAACCAGGAAAAGUUUAUGGGGCAGCAGGUGGGCUUGGAGUCCCAGGCGGAUAUGGAGCAGGACCUGGUGGCUAUGGGGCUGGAACAGGUGGAUACGGUGCAGGCCCAGGUGGUGCUGGUGGACUUGGAGGGACCGGACUUGGUGGUUAUGGAGGAGCUGGAACACUGGGUGGGGCUGGAAGUGGAGGUAUUGGUGGAGGUCCUGGAGCCAUUAAUGGUGGGCUAGGCAUUGGACCAGGAGGUAUUGGGGGAGGUCCUGGAGGAGUUGGAGGACUCGGUGGACUAGUUGGAGGGUAUGGCGGUGUAGGUGGAGCUGGAGGUUUGGGAGGUUUUGGAGGAGUCGGUGGGGGUCCAGGAAGUCUAGGAGGAGGUCCUGGAAGCCCAGUAGGAACAGCUGGAGUUCUCAGGUACCCAGGAGGAGCAGGAACUAAAUCAGGUGGUGUAGUGCCAGGAUAUGGAACUGGUGUUGGUCCUGGCAGUGGAUAUCAACAAGCAUAUCCAGGUUAUGGAGGUAGUAGUGUGAGGGGACCUGGAACCGCACCCCUAACACCUCAACAAUCAAAAGCAGCCAAAUAUGCAGCUCUUCAAGGCUUUCUAGGUGCAGGAGGCUACAGAGUAGAAGAAAGACAGUCAUUUACAUCUGGGAUGGUGUGAGGGGGGCGCAGGAUGUCAAGGCAAAUACUGUGGAAGGAGAAGGAAGUGAGUUUCCAUCGGAAAGAUGUGACCUCAUAAACAAGUGGUGCUACUACCUGAUCUCAAAUGCACUUUUUUUUUCUUUUUUUUUACAGUUGAUUAAAAAAGUGCCUUGUGUAAUAUGUGAGAGAGAUUUGCAACAUUAAGUAUUUUUUAGCUAUGAUUAUAUGUGACCUGAAUAGGUGUGAUGUGAACCUCACAGGGCACUCUUUGCACUGCCUACGCUCCCUUUACUUUACUUAAUAACCAUGUCACUCUAAAUUUCCUUUACAGAUGAUCAUGUUUAAUCAAGUCUUACCAAAUCAGUUAAUGUUGCAUUCUAACACAUUAAACCCAGCAUAACAUUAUGGUUGGGUGAGUUGCUCACACUCAAUUCAGUAGCUGUAUAUUCAGACAUAUGUCAUUUUGGGACGUGACGCUGCUAAUUCAGGAUGAACUGUGUCAGUGGAGGAAGCAGUGUCAUUAAGCUACCGUACUGUAUAUGUUCUAGCCAACACUAUGCAUUUCUCUCUGCUAUUAUAAAGUAAAAGAGGCCUCCUCUCUUUACAACUGUUUGUGUAUGAGUGCAUGAAUCCUCAUUUAGUUUUAUAUUUUUUUUCUUCAUACAGUGAAAUAAGUCAUACAAAGAAAUUAGAUGCAAAGUCUUUUUGUAAUUGCUGCAUUUGACAGUACUGGCUGAGACAGUUUAUUAGAACUGAGGAUUACUAGCUGUCUUCAAAGAUACCUCAGGAACUUGAAGCAGUUUAUUUUAUCCUGACCCCAGUAAAAUCUUGUUUGUUUAAUGUUUUAAAUUAUGUUAAAGGAUAGUUCACACAAAAAUGAAAACUCUCUCAUAAUUUACUCCAUCCCAGAUGUGUAUGAUUUUCUUUCUUCUGCAGAACACAAAUGAAGAUUUUUAGAAGAAUAUUUCAGCUCUGUAGGUCCAUACAAUGCAAGUGAAUGGUGACCAAAAUUUGAAACUACAAAAAGCAUAUAAAGGCAUCUUAAAAGUAAUGCAUGUGACUCCAGUGGUUUAAUCUGUGUCUUCAGAAGGAAUACGAUGGCUGUGUUUGAGAAACAGAUCAAUAUUACAGUCCUUUUUUUUUUAUAAAUGUCCACCUUUGACCAGCCCUGACCAGCUAGUGGCGAUAUUCACAAAGAAUAUCAAUCACCCACAAAAAGAAAAAAAGUAGUGAAAGUGAAGAUUAAUAGUAAAAAAAGGACUUAAAUAUUGAUCUGUUUCUCACCCACACCUAUUGUAUAAAGUAGCUUCUGAAGACAUUUAGAAUUACAUUUAUUCUGGCUUUAUGACCUUUUUGAAGCUUCAAUGUUUUGUUCACCAUUUACUUGCACAGUAUGGAUCUACAGACCUGAAAUAUUCUUCAAAAUAAAAGCUUCAUUUUUGUUCAGUAGAAGAAAGUCAUACAAAUCUGGGAUGCCAGGAUGUUAUGAGAAAUGUUUAAUUUUUGGGUGAACUAUUCCUUUAAUGUUGUUUUGUAAGGCUGCAUUUAACCUAUAGUAACUAGUUUUGCGGGUUGUAAGCAAUGUUUGUUUUGAAUAGUGUAUCUGUGGUUGUAUAAGUGCUAUAAUAAUGAAUUCAAAUGUGACCUGAACGUUUGAUAACGGCAAUGCAUCAAGUGAAUCUUUUUGCACUGUUUACCUUGCUCUUCACUUUUGUGCACUUGUUACUCUGAAUUUUGUGAAUUUUCAUCCAGUUCACGUUUUUGUAUGACCUUCAGUUUUACCCUUUAUCCAUCAUACAUUAAAUAAUUUGUAAAAACUUACAAAA